CCGCGCGCGCGAAGAAAGAAGAGAAUAGAGAUUAAAAAGAAAAGCCUGAAGGAAGGAGAACAAAACCUUAAGCAGUGAGAACGAACAAAGAAGAGUAGAGAGAGAGAGAGGAGAAGCCAAAGAUAGGGAGACAGAGAGAACGAAUAAAAAGAAGAAUACAGGGAGAACAGGUGCUGCGACCGUUGCAUUCAAGUCCAAAUCGAAGUCGAGAGCUUCUGACGUGCGGCGUUAUUAUUAGUUACACAGCUUUUGACACAGCUAUCAGGUUUAGAUAAUUUGUGCUCACUGUUUGCAGCCCUAAACUCCGAAACUGUCUGGACUGUGGACUGAAAUCACUUCUCCUCCAACCCUUGCUGGUAAGCCUGGUUAGUGCAAUCAUAUAGUUGCAGCAUUGUAGACGCAGACUCCUUCAAUCACCAAAUUUCAGGAAUGGCUGGACAAUCUGACCCUCACUUAUCAGUUUUUUCUGCAGCUGAGGUAGAGUUUCUUGCAGAAGAUGAAAUGGUAGAGAUUGUUCCCAACAUGAAAAUGGGCCCUCUAAAUUUUAUUUGUGGUGACUUUGGUCCUUUUCGUCCACAAAUUGCAACUGAAGUGCCGCUAUGGCUUGCAGUAGCUUUGAAGAAGAGGGGAAAAUGUACAAUUCGACCACCCCAGUGGUUGUCUGUUGAAAAGUUGACACAGGUCUUAGAAGCUGAACGAGAUUCUCCUAGAGAAUUUCAGCCAUUACCAUUCCAUUAUGUGGAAAUUUCAAGGCUUCUGUUUGACCAUGCGCGUGAUGACAUCCCAGACGUAUACAUGGUGAGAUCUCUAAUUGAGGACAUCAGGUAUGUACGGUUUAGUAAGGUUGAGUCCGGGCUGGAGACAAUUUCUGGUCGUACACAUGCUGUCAAACUUAAAAAUCUAUCUGCAAUGGAAGUCAAUAUAGUUCGGCCAUUUGUUGUGAGAACCCUGCAGGCUUUCUAUAAGCAUGAUAGUCCACAGAUGAUACAACAUCCAGACACAGCAGCAAACAGACCGCCACAAGUAGCUGAUCGGGGUCCAAGACGGGAUCUGCGGCGACGUUAGGUGAAAAUAUUAUUUUCUGCAUUCAAGGAGAAUAUGGUUGAUUUUCUAUCUUAACCACCUUCCUAUCUACAUGGAUGAUAGUAAUUUUAUCAUGCAAAUGAGGUAAAUGUGGUUCUUCUGUUUUGUUUCAUACAUUUCUAGCUGAAGGUUAGGCCUUGCCGACUGUUUGUACAAAGAAUUGAUUCUUUCCUUUUUCACUGAAAAAGGUAGGGAAAUUAUUUAUUCUGAAAUGAUUUUUGCCAAGGCAAGCAAUGUCAACGUACUUUUUCUGAUGGUUCUCUUUCAAUUGAUUUACAUCCUAUCCCUUUUCAUCAGCUGCACUUACUAGUUGUUGGGAUCAUGAAAAGCAGCUAUUUUACAUUUUACUUGCAGAAGCAAAAAAAGUUGAAAGAUG